AUGUCUUCUGAUGAGUCCUGGUCUCCGAGUGAAGAGGAUAGCCAAGCUUCGAAGCUUGCAAGAAAAUCCCGGGAUGCUCCCUUUGUCCCCAUAGGACUGGCAGGUUGCUUUGCUGUUGUGGCUUAUGGUCUUUACAAACUAAAGCAUCGGGGAAGCCAAAAAAUGUCAGUCCAUCUCAUCCACAUGAGAAUGGCAGCACAAGGAUUUGUCGUUGGUGCAAUAACCAUUGGCGUUCUGUAUUCUAUGUACAGAGAUUACAUCAAACGUCCAGACACGAAAAAUAAUCCAGGCUCUGAAGAAUGAAAAUAAAGUGUGGUCUUCCACAUCAUUUUAAAAUGUGUAUAAAAGCUUCAUGAAACAUGUGUAUCCGGUGUUGCACCAGGAUUUCU